ACGUAGGCAUCUGUUCUAGACACUCCCUGCAUAUUUUCGAUAGUUUAUAACUGUAGAGAAUCAGGUAUUUCAUCAGUUUCCCAUUCUCCUCGGACACAGUUUGGUUUAACUCCAGGUGUGUGCUCUCAGUUCAACUAUUCUCUGAGAAUUAGAGGUUUCUUUCUUGGAUUUGCUCUUUUAUUUUUGUGCUGCAGGAACAUUAAAACGAUGGGAGGCUCUCUGCUGCUCACCGGACUAAUAAUCAUCACAGCUUUCUCUCAAUCUCUCUGUGCGUCAGACAGUUGCAGUGAGCAGGUGGCUCGUCUGCAGGAACAGGAACAACUUCUCAAGAACCAACUUCAGACACAAGAACUCCUCCUACACAGACUACGAUCACUAAACCAACCUGGAAAACCGGACAAAACCGGACUGGACCAGAGCUCCGACACCCAGUACACAGACUGCUCCCAGAUCUUCAGUUCUGGCUCCAAAUCCAGUGGUUUCUACACCAUCAGACCCGUCGGCAGCCCCGGACCAGUCAGAGUCGACUGUGAUAUGAGUGAUGGAGGCGGUUGGACCGUCGUUCAGAGGAGAAUCAAUGGAUCAGAGAGAUUUAACAGAUCAUGGGCAGAGUAUAAGGAUGGUUUUGGAGACGUGGGUGCAGAGUUUUGGCUCGGAAAUGACAACCUGCAUUACAUCACCACACAAGGAAAUUAUUCUCUGAAGAUUAACCUGGGAGACUUUGAUGGAAACCAGAGAUAUGCUGAGUACAAGAACUUCAAAGUGGCCAGUGAAGAGGAUCACUACCGACUUUCCUUUGGAAGCUACGUCGGUACAGCUGGAGAUUCUCUGUCUGGGAGUUACCAGGUCGGCAUAUCAGACUGGGCCGGUCACCACGGCGUCAAGUUCAGCACCUACGACCAGGACAACGACAACUACAAAGGAAACUGUGCAGAGGAAGACAAGGGAGGCUGGUGGUUCAACAAGUGUCACUCAGCCCAUCUUAAUGGCAUGUACUACCCCAAUGGUCCCUACAGUGCGGUGACAGAUGAUGGUGUAAUUUGGUUCACCUGGAAAGGCUGGUGGUACUCCCUGAAGACCACCGCCAUGAAGCUGCGACCCGUCGACUUUAAAAUGGAUCCAACCGACGAUCCCAAUGCUGUUCAUCGUGUACCUCCUUCUUAGAUCAAACAUCUUCUUGGAUCGACUAUUUUGGUCUGAAACAGCUUGGCUAACGUGUAUGAAAUAGUGUGAUAUCAUAAUUAAAAUUUAAAAGCAACCCCACUGACACAGAGAAGAAGAUUAAAUUAUUCAGAAUACAGUGAAAUCUUUAAAGACUUAACCCUUAAUAGGACACUCAUUGAAAUACUUGCAAAUUCCAAAUUUCAACCCUAGAGAAUAUUGGAGGAUAUUACAUACAGCCAGAAUGUGUAAAAAAACAUAAGGACCUGGGGGAGAGGGGUAAU